AUGGUCUCAACUCGCAACCAACGCAAAGCGUCUAGAGAAGAACUUUUAGGUCCUUUGCUCGUACACCGAAAGCCAAGGUCCAAGAGAGGCAAUAUGACUGGAGAAAACAAACAGGAUACAUCUAGUGAUGACGAUCGCAUCACUAAACUUGAGCAACAAGUUGAAAACUUGUCUGCAUCAAUCCUUAAACUCGUGGAGAGUUUGAAGAUUGGAAAAUCUUCACGUCCAUCAACUUCAUCUGAGCCUGAUCAAAAGCUCAAGAAAAAGAGACGGUAUGAUGUCUCAGAAUUGACUUGGAAGAACUUCAAUAAGCUUUUGAGAAAACAAUUUUAUCCAGUUGGCUAUGAAGAUGAAAGAUGGUAUAAGUGGCAACACUUCAGACAAAGAUUUGGGCAGCUUGUACAAGAAUAUACAACAGAGUUCCACAACCAAGCUAUGGAUCUGGACAUUGACAUCGACGACUAUGACGUUUUCAUGAAGUAUACCGGAGGUCUUGCCGACUACAUAUGGAAAGAAUUAAAAUUGUUCACUGUAGAUACUAUUGAAGAAGCUACGGUAAAGGCCAUUGCCAUUGAGGCAAAAAAUAAAAGAACUGACAAAAGGGAUGACAGAUCAAAACCUGUCAACAAAACUGACUGGCAGAAAAAGGGGAAGCAGAGCAAGGAAGGUCAGACACAGAAGGUCUACUGUGAUCACUGUCAUACCAGCAAACAUGCCAAAGACAAGUGCUGGAUACUCCAUCCUGAGUUUCGGCCAAAGCGCGAGAAAAACAACCAGGGGAGAAAUGACAGAAAAGCCACCUUAACUACACAACAGGCAGAAGAGCUUCCAGAGUUGAAGCAACCUGAUGUUACACUUACCCUUAUGACAAGACCAGCAGAUACUGAAGACACAUACAACCGUGAAGAGUUGUUUCAUGUGAAUAUUCAGGUGAAGCAAAGUGUUGUACAAGCUAUCAUUGACCCUGGAAGUCAGAAAAACCUGAUUUCAGAGGCUUUAGUAAGAAAAGUGGGUUUAGAAACCACACCACAUCCUAAGCCGUACCCGCUAGGAUGGAUUUAG